AUGCACGGCGGCAAGCCUGGCGCCGCGGCCGCGCCGCCGGCGCCUGCCGCGACGGGCCGCGACGCCGCGGCGGUUGCCGCGGGGCUGGCGGCGCUCCGGCGGCUGUCAGUGCGGGUCGUGGCCGCAUUCGGGCGGCUCGCCGGCGCGGGGCGGGGGGAAGGCGGGGGCGUUGGCGGCGGCGGCGGUGGCGGCGGCACGGGCGACGACACGCUGUCGCUGGACGCGCGGCCCAAGCAGCACGACGACGUGGUGCAGCAGCUGCGGCAGCGGCUCGCGCGGCUCGUCGGGCAGGACAGGGACGCGAUGAGGGACCCCGCCGCGCUGCGCGCGUGCCGCGGGCCGCUGCUGGUGCUGCACCGGUACCUGUUGGCCAUGGGCAGCCCUGCGGUCGCAGACAUGGUGGUGAACCAGACACAGGAGGCGCUGGCUCGGCUGGAGCAUGCGAUCAGGGGGGUGCAGAGGCGCUGGCGGCGCUGGAAGCGCUCGCGCGCGUCUACUCGGAGCUCCUGCACCUCGGCGGCCGCAGCGGCGCGACCCGCAGCUGGCUGA